AUGUCGAACCCACUCGACACCGAAGCCGGCUCCGAGCUCUUCAGCAACUACGAAGCCGAGCUAAAACUAGUGCAAGCAGACCUCUCACAAAAACUCGACCAGAUCCCCGAGCUAAGCGGCGAGCCGCGCAAAGCCGCCAUCUCGCAAGCCGAGCGCGCGCUCGACGAAGCCAAAGAACUCCUCGACUCCAUGCGCCUAGAGAAGCAAAACAUCCCGCAAACGUCGAAGCAGAAAGUCAACCAGCGCUUCCGGAACUACGAGAGCGAUGUCGAUGCCGCGAAAAGGAAACUCAAGAGUCUGGAUGGCGAUCGGCAGGCGCUUUUCGGGAAGCGAUAUACGGAUGAUCCGUCCGGGCAGGAUCAGCAGUUGGAGCAGAGGCAGCAGUUGCUGGGUGGGACGGAGAGGUUGGAGAGGUCGAGUGGGCGUUUGAGGGAGAGUCAGCGGAUUGCGCUGGAGACGGAGGAUAUUGGGCGCAAUACUUUGGCGGAUCUCAGCAGGCAGCGGGAGACGAUUGAGCAUACGCGUGGCACGCUGUUGGAGAGCGAGGGUUACACGGAUCGGAGUAAUAAGACGUUGAAGGGCAUGGCGAGAAGGAUGGCUACCAACAAGAUUGUAACAGUGGCUAUCAUCACUGUGUUGGUUAUCUUGAUCAUUGCUGUGGUUGUCAGCAAAUUCAGGUGA